UUUUUACUGAUAAGCAGGCAAAAUGCAGAAUGAGAUGUGGGCAAGCACUGUCCUACUGAAGGACCCUCUGCUCCCUGAACAUAAGCCUGCUCCUGGGAAGAGCUGAGAAUCCCUGGCAUCUCACAGGAGCAGAUUCAAGGCAGUUUUCCAUCUGUCUGCUUAAACUCAUCAAAUUUACUUAAAAACAUGGCCUUCAAAGAAGGUAAAGUACCAACCUAAAGCACUCCCCAAUAUGGCACUGCUGUUUAAUGGAGGCAUCCAUAGCUGAGGAAUUAUUCUAUUCUGGCUUUGCCAGUUUAAUGCAGGGCUCUUCGUUUUAUCAUUACUUAGACUGCACUUAGACUGAACAUUCAGUGGAACAUUUCCUAUAAUGGGAUAAAGCAGUUGAACAAUUUGACUGGCUAAUAGUGAUUUAGACAUGUGAUUACAGUACAGAAAAUGGUCUGACAUAUGCUCUUUUAUCUGGUUUACAUGAGGCACAUUAAUCCAACUGGAAAGCACAGAAGUGAAAAGGAAGACAGGACCAAGCACUCUAAAGGAAAAAAUAGAAAAUAGUUUUAGUUGUCUCAUUUCUGUAUUUGCUAGACUAGUUGUAAUCUGUAUUUUGUAAAUAGGAAAACUUACAAAAUAAAACAAUUUUUCUUCCCAAAAUGGAUGCAACUACAAACCACCAGUCCACACCUAUGCUGUGCAGGUUAGAAAAUAACAUUUUUCUAUAAAACCCUAGCUUCAAACGCAUUUAUGACCUAUGUCAUAAUGCUUUCACCAAAAGUACAGGAUUUGCAGAAAGAUGCAGCAGGACAGGGAGCACCACACCAGCCAGGAACAAUCAAGAGUGUGAACAAAAAGAGUAUUGAUUCAUUUUAAUUUUUGUCUCAGCUAAUUUAAUUUCCCACUUUUACACAAACGCUUAUAACCAUGUCAGCAUAAGCUCAUAUUUUACAGGAAUAUUUAAUUUCUCUCUAAACCUAGCCAACAACAUUCCCAUGACACCAAAAACCUAACUGAAGACAAGGAAUUACCUCUUUAACACACACUUUUUUCCCUCAAGAGCGCAUACACAACCUCAAAGUGGCCUAACAAGGUAUGUCAAUUUUCACACGUAACGCUAUUUAGGUUUUUUUGUGCAGACCGGUACAUUUCAGUUCCAUUUGCAUUUUUCUUCCAAAAAAAAAUUCCUUCAAAAUAAAACAUUCAAAGGUUUCCUAUGUAUGGUUUGGAUUCUGUAAGUAAAAGUAAAACCAAAGUAUGCCAAACUAAGCAUAAAGGAGAUGAACGCAAGAACUUCACCACGUGUACCUUUGCCAACUACUUUCAACGACCGCUAUAUUAAAAAUUCUGUCAGGAAAAUACAUAAGAUAAUGAAAAGAGGGAGCUGUAAACAACACACCUUCCCCAAAAACAGAGGGGACAUGAAAAUCUUUGCAGGCAAACUUUCAUCAAUGACAACAACAAAAAAAAUCGUGUAUCCCAAACUAAUGAUAGUUCUAUCGUGGGAUACUUAUGUAUUUGUAAAAACAGACGCAUAUAAAAGAUGCACGGUCUUCGCAUGUGGAAAGGUCCAGCCCGACAGAAUCCCUUGUCAUGUUGUGGACUUCCACCGUGACCUUAUGGUCAGGCUUGACCUUAAAAGUCUUUUCCAACCGAAAUGAUUCCGGCACGGAAAUCGGCAGCGAUGUUUGGGGUGGGCGUUUAGGGAAGCGCCAGGACAAACACGGCAGCGUCAAACCGAGCGCGUCCCCCAAAACAAAGGGAACAACCUCUGAACCCCGAGGCUGGGACAGACCGCACAGCGCAGGAGCUGCUUCGGUCACCUCCUGACGUUCCUUGGCCAAACGUGCCGCCCAGCUUUGCCCUAUUACCGCUGCCAUCAGCUAUGCCAUGGCAAGCUCCAUCCUACUCAAAAAUAACCCGCGGGGAGCGGAGCCAGCGCGGCAGCGGCGCUUCCCGGGAAGCUUCCCGGGGCCUCUCCCCGAGCGCAGCCCGGCCCCGGCAGCGGCAGCGCGGCCACCCCCGCUCCCUGCGCGGGCAGCGCUGCCCGGCCCGGCCCGGCCCGGCGGGAUCCCCGCCCGAGGCUGCGGGAAGCGGGGCGGCCCCCGGGGAGCGCCCGGCGGGGCGGGGGGGGGCGCUGGGGCGGGCGAGCGCCCGCGCCCCCGGCGGGGAGAGGCCGCGGCGAAGGGAGCGCUGCCAGCGGCCGGGAACGGGCUCCCCCCGCCGUCCUCCGCCCCCUCCCUCCGUGUGUUUGUUGUGCUCCGGCACCGUCCCGCCGGCGCGUCCCUCCGUGCGGCGGCCGCUGACAGCUCCCCCCGCGCCGCCCAGAAACUCCUGCCUCAACUCCGCGUGUGCGCGGGGGGUGCGGGGGUGUCCUCCCCGCCACCCGCCGAGAACGGCGUUUUCCUUCCCAAAAAGAGGAGGGGAAGGGGGGGGCAUAACAGGGGAGAGCGACGAGGAACUACCGCCGGCGCACAGGGAGUACCCAGGCGACCCUGAAGGCAGCCGAGCGUCCUGGAAGGGAACGGACCCAAAAAGAAGGGGGAAGUCAGCAGGACGAGAGAGACACAUGGAUGAUGAUGAUGAGGAUGAAGAUGAGGAUGGUGAUGGGGAUCCCGAUGCUCCUCCUGCUCCCGCGGCUCCUCUCCUCCUCACCUCCGCCUCCUCCACCUCCGCCUCGCAUCGCUGGCCUCAGCCGCCGCCGACCAGCACAGUGCGACACAUAGACACAGCGACCGACCGCCCUCCUCCUCCUCCCCUGCCGCGGCCCCACACUGCGCCUGCCCCGCCCGCCCACCGCCCGUCCCCCGGCGCAGACACCCAUCCGCCGCCUCGCCGACCUCACGGGCUGGGCUGGGGCCGCGCCGGGCUGCGGGGAAACCGCGGAGCGGGGCCCGGACGGGACGCGGCGCCACGGGGAGCUCCGCGCACCCCACCCCGCACCGCGCCCCGGCCGCUGCCCCAGCGCUCCCCCACCCUCUCCCGCUCUUGUUAUUUCCUUUCAUUUAUUUCCCCGUGGAAAAGGAGAAGCCCCUUCUGGCUGCGAGCGGCCGCUCUCCGCACACGGGCCGCGCUCCGCAGGACGCGGCUCCGGGGGCAGCGCUCGGUGCCCGCCCCGGCGGCGCUCGCUCCCCCCGAGCCCCGCGGAGCCCCCGGGGAGGCGGCUGGAGCCCGGCGGCGGGAGCGCUCCCCCUUCCCCCCGCCGCGCGUCUGCGGCUCGGGGCGGUGCAGGCGGGGGGAGCCGCGGGCGCCCCGGGGGAUGGGAAGGAGGGAGGGAGCAGAGUUCAGCGCUGUGUGCGAGGGAGACAAAGUCUGGGGAGCGUGGCCGCUUUCCAGCAGCUCCGGCUGGAACAGCUGCGGGCGCUCGGGGCGGGGGGGGGCUCCCCGGGCAGGGGCCCGGCUGGCUGGCUGCCUGCCCGCCCGGCUGCGGGGCGGGGUUAAGCCUCAUUACACGGGAUUUAACGUGUCCCGGAGGCCAGCGGGGACUCGGGCUCCGAGGGGAGGCGGGGGAGCGCCGCGGCCUCGCAGCCGGAGAAAAGUCCGGCCACGGGGCGAGGAAGCGGCCGCGCCCCCGGACUUUCCUCCCGGGCGCUGCCCCGGCGCGCUCCGCUGCCCGCGGCGGGAGCGGCUCCGGCGGAGCGCGGCCGCCGGCCCCGGGCCCCCGCGCCGGGCACCGCCCCAAGGGCACCCCUGAGGCGCCCCCGCGGGGCCCCAGCCCGGCCGUCUCUCCCUCCUUCCCUCCCUCCUUCGUUCCCUCCCUCCCUCCCGGAGCCGGUGCGGAGGGAGCGGGCUCGGGGCGCGGAUGCUGAAUCACGAAACGGCGCGCACGGACUGAAGAGCGGCGCGGUGACUCGUGCUUGGCGGGCGGGUUCGGGAACUUCGCCGAACUUGCAGACGUGGUGGGGAGCGAUAGCCCCAAGGGUACGAGUAAACACAUCCCGGGAGCCCCGCACGGAGCGUGUUUCCAAUGGCUUUUGGGUUUCUGUUUGAAUCCCGGUUGAUAAAAUGGCCUGGGGUAUCACACAGGUACAAAGAGGGAAGGAGGGGCUGAUAUUCGUCGCUUUUUUUUUUUUUUUAAGUAAAAAUAAACGCAAAGCAAUCCAGACCUUUACACUGCUUUUCCUUCCCCAAUUUUUCACUUGUUAGCGUCAGAAUACAAAAUUAAACCGUAUGCUAUGGCAAAUAGGACUUUGGCUGGCCUGUUUUGUUUAGAACCAUUUCAUAACAAAACCUUUGUUGAUUCCUUUUCUAGGUUUCUGAGUAAUUAAAUAGACCUUUGUGACAUUUUCAUAUAAUUUAUGAAAUACAUUAGAAAGUAACACAUUUGUCUCCAUUUACAUACGUAUAAAAUCAUAUGGAGCCAUCCCUAUUGUUCAACCAUGCAAGGAGAGCAGCUGGAUUGUUGGUGUGGCUUUCUUGGCCCUAUCACUGAAGAUGUAUUCAUUUAUGCCAAAUAAAAAAAUAAAUCCUGAGUAAAAUGUUUGUGUUAUGAAGUCUGCAAAUGACAGCGUGGCUGUACUGCUCAUACAGUUUCAGAUAUGGGAUCUUAAUGUGUUUACAUGUUGUCUGACAGAAGAAAGUGCCUUUGAAUUGUGUUAAUUCAGGCAAGUCAGCGUAAUUGAACUGAAAACAUCUAAUGCUAUACAGGCCCAGGCUUGGGUGGAGUGGAGAGAAAAAGGGCAGGGAGAGGGAAGGAAAAGGCCACUGCCUCUGCACAGUGGGAUCACCGGUGUGGCAUUUGCUGGAGUUGCCAGGUUGCCAUCUGGUCUACUAAAAAAAAUGGCCAUCUCCUGAAAGGCUGGCUGUGCUGAGCAGAGCCAGUGCACAUGCGCCACGGCUUGGGUGAGCCUCGGAUGUGUCAGAGCCACUCUGCCAGUGCAAAUUGAUUGGAGCUGUGACACGUGAGCACACCGUGGGCUCACAUCAACUGCUUGGUGUGUGGGGAAUAGCUGCCACGUCCCCUGGCAGAACCCAGAAAUCACUGGGUUCGCUUGUCCCUGCGUUGUUCAUCCAGUCCCCCCAUGGAAAUGUUUUUAAUACCUUUAGAUCACCUGCCAGUGGUUGAGCUUUGGGAUGUGUGUCUUACACAAAAAUGUGCCAUUCAAAUUUUUUCUCUUUUUGUCUUUGUUAAUACAUUAAUUAUGUGUAUAUGUAUCUACCACUAUAUAAAAUGGGAGUAGAGGCAGGACUAAGUCAACAUUGGUGUAGUGUGGUCUAGCACAGGAGAGAAAUAGGGACUUAGCCCACGAGUUCUGCUGCUGUGCCUUAUCUCCUUACGAGUCCAAACACAGCUGGGCAGGUCUGUGCUGUGGCGGGCUGCAGCCACUGCUGUGGCAAUCAAAGGUGUGAAGAGCUGUGCAGGACUGAGAGAGACUCGAGAGCAGGAACCUGAGGCUGAGAUGGAAUUGUAAGAAACUCUAUUUGCUGGUGUUACCUGUCACUCAGCGGAGGCAGAGGGACGAGCUGGGAGACGUGUCACCACACAUAAAUCCAGUGUGGGAGUGCUUUGUUGAUUCAGGAUAUUUGAACAGUUCUGUCAGGAAAAUUUUUACGUUUAUACCUUGGCCACACUAACCACCUAUUAUAAAUUUUCGCUGUCUGGAAAACACACGUUUUUGAAUCAAGUAUAUAAUAUUGAAUGAACAGGCUGUCUGCUUUACUGGAUGUUAAGAGAUCCUCUAGUUCAUUGUAAACUAAGGUGAGCUGACACGCCUGCUUUUUUUAAAGGGAAGACAGCGUUGAAGUUUU